AUGGUUUUAAGAUUGAUAAUCCGGGACGUCCCUUCUGUGACGUCAGAAAAGCGAGCAGGAGGGGGGGAAAAGGGGGUAGGGGACAUUAGUUUAAAAGCCGAGGAUGCUGCAGGCACCAAUCAUGCCAUCUUUGUGCGUCCUUGCCGACCCAUGUGGCUGAUUGGCCCGCCUUUCCAGAGGAGGAAGAGGAUGAUGGCUAUGAUGAGGAUGGACGAGCGACUGCAUCAGUCCCCAACCGCGCGCACCCUCCUGCAGCAGCAGCAAGCGGGCAACCCGGCCAGGGUGCACAGCAUCGAGGCCAUCCUGGGCUUCAAGGAGGACCUCCUGUUCCACAAGUCAGGCGCUUGCAGCCUGACAGCCAAUGGAGGAGGCAAACACGCGCAAGAGCGCCACGUUCAACAAAUUCACAAGAGUCAUUUCGCUGAAAGUUUGGACGGCAUGUGCUGCCCGAGUGUUCCCGGUGUUGGUGUUGCUGGUGACGUUACGCCUUGUCCGGACUCGCCCGAACGUGAGGGCUGCAAGUUAUCGGACGACGAGAACCCGAAGAAGAAGCACCGCCGCAACCGGACAACGUUCACCACUUUCCAGCUGCACGAACUGGAGCGAGCCUUCGAGAAGUCCCACUACCCGGACGUGUACAGCCGAGAGGAGCUGGCGCUCAAAGUCAACCUGCCCGAGGUCCGCGUACAGGUUUGGUUCCAGAACCGCCGGGCCAAGUGGCGUCGUCAGGAAAAACUGGAAGUGAACUCCAUCAAGCUCCAGGAGAACACCGGUACCCCCUCCUUGCUCUCCUUCGGCCGCCCCCACGCCACGGGUUCCCUGGACCCCUGGUUGGCCUCGCCAAUCGGGGCCUCCGCCACCCUACAUUCGCUCCCGGGCUUCAUAGGAGGAGGCGGCGCCUAUACCGGCUCGCCUUCCCCCUCCAUGCCACCCUCCUUCUUCAAUGCCCCCACCCUGGGGCAGACCACCCACUUGCCCCGGAUGGGCUCCAUGUGCCCGCCGCCGCUGUCAGUCUACCAGUGCUCGUCAGACCCGAGGAACUCCAGCAUUGCCUCAUUGAGGAUGAAGGCCAAAGAACACAUUCAAUCUAUUGGCAAGACGUGGUGAUGGAUAAGGCUGCUGCGUCUUUGGGGAACCUGGAGGGGUUGGAAAGCUGACGUUGCUAUGGCAACAACCUGACGGGCACAAACUUUGAAAAAACUUUUUGGAGCUCUCAUACAUCUGUUCUUUCAAUUUCAUUCUUACCUGUUACAAAAAGCAUUAUGUAUUUAUUUGACACUUUACAUUUAAAGACAAUUUUGUUUUUGGUGUAAAAUCCAUCUGAUGUGAAUAUUUUUAGAACAAUGAUCUUUAUAUGUAAAAACUAAAUAACAAAGGAGAACAUCCAAGGCUGAAAACAAUCCAUUACAGGAUGCUGGCUGACACUCCAUUUGUUUAGAUUUAGUAACUAUUUCAUCCUUAGGAAAUACAUUGGCACCUCGAAAUUAAUUAUUCAUAUUUUCUCCAACCUGAAAUAAAUGAAAAUACCAUCAAUUCGUUCCAGCAUCCCCCACAAAACAAAAUUAUUUGGAAUGUGUGUGUUUUUUUAAGGAAAAAUAGCACUAUAAAAAUGUACUUUACAAAAAUCACACAUUUGACAGCUUUGCAGGUUUUCUAAGCAUAUUCUAACAGAUGGUAAUAAUGCUCCACAACCUGAGAUUGGUAAGAGUAAAACUAUAUCGCUUCACUGAAUUAACUGAACUCUGAACUGCUUUAGGGCACAGAAAAGCUUGCAGCAAUGCUAAAUAGAAGAGCAAAGCAUAAACUGUCAAAUGCUGAUGACCUCAAGUGUGACUGAUACCUGAAACUAAAUAGAAAGUGAC